UGAAUCAUAAACCAGAAAUAAGCAUGUUAUGUCUUAAUAGUUGAAAAAAGGAUCUUAUAUUGUGCUUUGAAUUUGACUUGGAUUAUAAUUAUUGAAUAUUAAUAGAAAUUUGAUUAGAUCACCAUUCAAAAUGCUACAGAUGCUCAAUUUGUCAAGUAUAAACUGAAAGAUUUUUUUCUUUGCACACAAAGAGCCUAUUUCUUUUUCUCUUUUUCUCUCAUUGAAAUCCAUGUUAGCUAACACUUGAUUUUGGCAAACAAGAAGUGUUAGGUAACUUGUGUUAGCUAACACUUCUUCUUUGCCAAGAUAAUUGAAUCAUCUGACAGGUGUGGCCUGUCGAGAUGCUCAUUAAACAGUAUGAUUAUUGCACUGCUGUGGAUCUGGUCACAAUAAAAAUUGACUCUAAAAUGUACAGCACAUCUUGAGAAGAUAAAUUUAUGAGACGUUACAGUUUAACAUGAGUUAAAUAACCCAUGAUUGGGUUCAACGGAUAUCAUGAUGCCUGUCACAUGCUUUAGUUGGUAUGAAAUUAAAGGAGAAGGUGGGAAGGACAUUCCACUGUGCUGUGAUUCCUUCUCACUCUGCAUUUCCCCUGAACAAGCUGUUAAUAUUUUAAGGUCACUUUAUUUCACUUAUUUUAUUUUUACUCACACAUUACACACAUUAUUAUGAAAACAUACAACAUUUUAAAAAGCAUGUUUUGAAUUCAUACAGUAUUUCAUGGUGUUCAAACGUGAGUACUAGAGAGGGAUGCAGUUAUCACUUGACAUGUCUGAGUCCAGAGUCUUUCUGACCAUAUCAUAUCACACAGCUGCAAUAAAAUGCUGAAAACUUGCAGUGCUGGGAUGUGAUAUGGAUCUUAAUUGUGCAACAAUGCAAUAAGAUGCAAUAAGAAGAAAACAGCAAAGCUUUAAAGAGCUUGGCUAUCAGUGGAUAAUAUCAGUCCAAACUUUGUAAGCCACAAUGAAGUGUUCAUUGUGGGUUGCAUUUCUGUAUGUUUUUUGUCUGAAUGGUUGCCAGAGCAGUGAGCUGAAUGGACAAGAAGACUUCAUGCUUGUUGCAGGCCCUCUGACAAAGCAGCUGGUGAGAAACUCAGGCAGUGCAGUCAAUGAUGCCUUUGACUGCAGUCAUCCCAUACCUCCAGGCUCCAAACAGUACUUUGAGUACCUCCAGAGCAGAGGAGUGACCCACUUCAAAGUACCGCUGUCAUGGGAUCAACUUCUACCUUCAGGCCUCUCCAGCCAACCACAGCAGGCUGUGGUUACCUGUUACCAGACUCUGCUGAAACAGUUGCUGGAGGUGGGCCUUCAGCCUCUUGUUGUACUUCAUGGAUCUACAGUGCCAGACGCUCUGAGCUCAAAGUAUGGAGGCUGGGAGAGCCAGGAACUGGUUGAGAUGUUUCGUCAGUACGCUGAGUUUGCCUUCGAGGAGUUUGGAGAGCUGGCACACUCAUGGGUGACACUGAGCAACUUGGACGAUGUUCUGCAUGAUGGACAACCCCUCGGUGCUCCCAGUCCUCUCCAAAACAUCUUCCAACUCAACAAAAACAUUUACGAGCUCUACCAUCAACGAUUUCCUGACAGAGGGAGACGUCUGUCGAUUGGGCUGAGAGCCAGUGAUGUUGCUAUCCUUCCCCCGAUCAAAGGUUCAACACCAAUGGAUUUCUUGUCAGUGCACAUUGAGUACAACUGUGCCUCUGCAUCAAAUUUUGCAAAGAAGCUGAGCAGCUUAAAGAUGUCCAGUGGGAAUUUACCUAUCCUGAUAUAUAAGAUAAUUAUUGAUGGUUGUUCGUACAGUCAGUUCCAGCUCCUUGGCAGUUUCCUACAAGUUUUUAGCAACAAUGACCUGGAUAUUGUGGGAGGUGACAUGAUGGAUAUGUUAGGCAACCUGGACAUGCAGGACAUUCCAGCCAGUCAUGGUAUUUCAAACUACAAUACAUAUUCAACUUUUAGAAACAGUUAUCAGGAUGUGUGGAAUAAGUUUGGGGCCCAAACAACAACAGAAAGAGAUCUUUUCCUCAAUGAAUCAUUCCCCUCUGGCUUCCAGUGGGCCACGUCCAGUGAGUCCUUCAAGGUUGAAGGAGGCUGGUUAGAGGAUGGGAAGGGAGAGACCAUCUGGGAUCGUUUCGGUCAUGAGGGCCUAGCCUUUGAGAAUCAGACAGCUGAUUUAGCUUGUGACGGUUACCACAAGGUCGAUUAUGAUGUCUACCUCCUGCGAGGUCUUCAAGUCAACACCUAUCAGUUUUCCAUCUCCUGGGCCCGAAUUUUCCCCUCAGGUCAUCUGGGCAGCCAGUCAGAGAAAGGUGCACUCUAUUAUGACAAGCUAAUCAAUGCCCUCAUUGAGUCUGGCAUACAUCCUGUUGUCACUCUAUACCACUGGGAUCUGCCCCAGUCACUCCAGGAGUCUGGUGGAUGGACCAACAAUUCCAUUGUUGAAGCCUUCAAGGACUACGCAGACUUCUGCUUCUCCAGGUUUGGAGAUCGGGUCAAGACAUGGAACACAUUCAGCAGCCCCUGGGUGGUGAGCCAUGCUGGGUAUGGCACUGGUGUGCAUCCUCCUGGUGUGAAAGACUAUGUGGUUGCCUCCUAUCAGGUGACUCACAAUAUACUCAAAUCUCAUGCUGAGGCCUGGCAUGUCUACAAUGACAAGUACAGGAAAACACAAGGAGGGAAAGUAGGCAUUGCACUGAAUUCAGACUGGGCAGAGCCCAUGGAUCCUUCCAAACCUGAAGACACAGCAGCUGCAAAUCGCUACCUGCAGUUCAUGCUGGGCUGGUUUGCACAUCCCAUAUUUGUGGAUGGAGAUUAUCCUGCAACACUCAAGACUCAAAUAGAACAGAAACGAAAUGAGUGCCCCGUGUCUGAGCCUGCAAGACUUCCAGUUUUCACUCCUGAAGAGAGCCAGAGGAUACAUGGAACAGCUGACUUUUUGGGAUUGAACCACUAUACCUCCCGGCUGGUCAACAGCAGUGAUGGGGGCUGCAGCCCUGGUCCUCAGGGUGUGGGUGACUUCCAGACACACGUGGACCCUUCAUGGAACUCGACAGCUUCUGACUGGAUCUUUUCUGCACCUUGGGGUCUUCGGAGACUUCUGAACUACAUUUCCACAGAAUACCUGAAAGUUACCAAAGUGCCUAUUUAUAUAACUGGGAACGGUAUGCCUACUGAGUACACUGGGGACACUCUAAAUGACAUUCAUCGAAUAGAGUACAUGAAGAAUUACAUCAAUGAGGCUCUGAAAGCUAUACAUUUGGAUGGUGUGAAUGUGCAGCGGUUUACUGUCCAGUCACUUGUAGAUGGCUUUGAAGGUCCGCAAGGCUACAGUGAACGUUUUGGAUUGCAUCAUGUCAACUUUGACUCACCUGAUAGACCCAGGACUCCAAAACAGUCUGCCUACUUUUACUCCGAAAUUAUUGAAAAAAAUGGUUUUGCCCCCUCAAAAAUGUUCUUUCAUGUGCCAGAACUGAAAAACAUAGCGUCAAAUAAACUUUCCUCAAUGCCACCUUCCACAGUCCCAUCUCAAGCCAAAAGUGUUUGGGAGAAAUUCUCUGGUCAAAACAAUUUUCAGAGAAAACUCUACCACUAUGGCACUUUCCCACAAGGAUUCAGUUGGGGAGUAUCGUCUUCUGCUUACCAGAUUGAAGGUGGCUGGAAUGUUGAUGGAAAGGGGCCCAGCAUCUGGGACACCAUGAGACCUCCAGGUAUUCCUGAAGAUGCAAAUGGAGAAGUGGCCUGUGACAGCUAUCACAGACUUGAAGAAGACCUCUAUAUGCUUCGAGCUCUGAAGGUGAAGUCGUACAGAUUCUCUUUGUCCUGGUCCAGAAUCUUUCCUGACGGUCGGCAUGCAUCUUUGAACCAGAAAGGUGUUGACUACUACAACAGACUUAUUGAUGGCCUCAGAUCAUAUAAUAUCACUCCCAUGGUGACACUGUACCACUGGGACCUCCCUCAGGCUUUGCAAAUCUUUGGCGGCUGGGAAAAUGUAGACAUGAUCAACAUUUUUAAUGACUUUUGUGAUUUUUGCUUUGCCACCUUUGGAGACAGAGUGAAAUUUUGGAUAACCUUCAACCAACCUCAAACAAUUGCAUGGUCAGGAUAUGGACUUGGACAGAUGCCACCAAAUGUUAAGAAUCCAGGAACUGCACCAUACCAAGUUGCACACAACCUUCUUAAAGCACACGCCACGGCUUACCACACAUAUGAUGAUAAGUAUCGCAAAUCCCAAGGUGGUUUAGUAUCCAUUGCCCUCAAUGCUGAUUGGGUUGAGCCUAAAGACGCUAACGUUCCCCGUGAAGUGGCAGCUGCUGACCGCGCUCUGCAGUUCCAACUGGGCUGGUUUGCACAUCCCAUUUUCAAGAACGGUGACUAUCCUAUUAUAAUGAAGUUCCAAGUGGAAAGCAAAAGUGAGAUGCAAGGUCUUUCAGAGACCAGACUGCCUUCCUUCACUGAAGAAGAGAAGAGUUUCAUCAGGGGAACUGCUGACAUGUUCUGUUUAAAUCAUUACACUACAAAGAUUGCACAGCAUGCUACAUUGAGACUUACCCCUGCAUCCUAUGAAUAUGACAGAGAUGUGUCAGAAGCAGAGGAAGGAGAUUCACCAACUACUGCAAUCAGUGACCAGAGAGCUGUAGCAUGGGGACUGAGAAGACUCCUCAACUGGAUUAAAGAGGAGUAUGGAGAUCCAGAAAUUUACGUUUCUGAGAAUGGAGCAGCUACAGGCAAUAAGGUCACAGUUGAGGACAUAGACAGAGUAUUUUACUACAAGACCUAUAUUGAUGAGGCUCUAAAAGCUCAUGACCUUGACGGUGUAAAGGUUAAAGGAUACAUAGCAACUUCUCUCAUGGAUUCUUUUGAGUGGCUAAAUGGUUACAAAGUUGGAUUUGGGUUACACCAUGUGGAUUUCACUAACCCACACCGGCCAAGGACACCCAAGUACUCAGCUCAUUUCUUCUACCAGGUCAUAAAGAACAAUGGUUUCCCUACACCGGAUGAUGAGAAGCAUCUUUAUGGACAUUUCCGCAAAGAUUUUAUCUGGAGUACUGCAACAGCAUCAUACCAGAUUGAAGGGGGAUGGCGAGCAGAUAGAAAAGGUCUCAGCAUCUGGGACAAGUUUGCUCACACUCCUCUCCGAGUGUUCAAUGAUGACACUGGAGAUAUAGCCUGCGAUAGUUACCAUAAAGUAGAAGAGGAUGUUGCUAUGUUGAAGCAACUUAAGGUGACUCAUUAUCGUUUUUCCAUAUCCUGGUCGAGAGUGCUUCCUGAUGGCACCACCAAGCACAUUAAUGAGGCUGGCCUCAACUACUACCACAAACUGGUGGAUUCACUGCUUGCUGCAAACAUCCAGCCUCAUAUCACUCUCUACCACUGGGACCUUCCACAAGCUCUUCAGGAUAUUGGGGGCUGGGAAAAUGAGACUAUUGUUGUAAAAUUCCGGGAUUAUGCUGACUUGAUCUUUAGCCACCUUGGCCACAAAGUAAAAUUUUGGAUCACCAUUAAUGAACCAUACAAUGUAGCCAUGAUAGGCCAUGGCUAUGGAGCAGCUGCCCCAGGGAUCAGUUUCCGACCUGGCACUCUGCCCUAUAUUGUGGGUCACAACCUGCUUAAAGCUCAUGCUGAGGCCUGGCAUCUCUACAGUGACAAGUACCGGGAAACACAGAAAGGAAUUAUCUCCAUCACCAUAAAUUCUGACUGGUCAGAACCUAGAAAUCCCUAUAAGCAAGAGGAUGUUGAUGCUGCGAGACGUGUGGUGCAGUUCUACAUUGGCUGGUUUGCCCAUCCUGUAUUUAAUGGAGACUACAGCAACAUGAUGAAGACCAUCAUACGAGAGCGAAGCUUAGCUGCUGGUCUGAUAAAAUCUCGGCUGCCAGAGUUCACUCCUGAGGAGAUUAAGAGGAUCAAGGGAACCUAUGAUUAUUUUGGUUUCAACCAUUACACCACAGUUCUGGCAUUCCCUGUGGACUAUGGAAAUCUUCAGCAUUAUGAUGCCGACAGGGGUGCAGGAACAAUUGCUGAUCGUACCUGGCUGGAUUCAGGUUCAUCAUGGUUGAAGGUCUCACCAUUUGGAUUUCGGAAGAUACUAAACUUCAUUAAAGAGGAGUAUGGAAAUCCACCUAUUAUCAUCACAGAAAAUGGCAUAUCAGAGCGGGGGCCCAUUGAUCUAAAUGAUAUUCACAGGAGCUACUACUAUGAAAAAUACAUCAACCAGGUGCUGAAAGCUUACUUGCUAGAUAAUGUGGAUAUCCGUGGAUACACAGCUUGGUCGCUGAUGGACAACCUAGAGUGGGCCACUGGCUUUUCAGAGCGAUUUGGCCUUUUCUAUGUCAAUCAGUCAGACCCUAAUCUGCCUCGAGUGGCCAAGACUUCUGUCGCCAGCUACUCCACCAUCAUUAAGUGCAACGGAUUCCCUGACCCUACCUUGGGACCCCAUGAGUGUUUGAACUCUGUGCCGGAAGGUACAAGUACACCCACCAAACCUCCUCUACCUGCAACACCUACUACACCUGCUGCCUGUGACAACAUUGUGAGCUUCCUGGGCAUGAAGCUCUCUACCAGUGAUGCUGAGACGGGACUUAACACCUUAUUUGCUCUGCUGAUUGUUGCAGUGUUUGGAGUUAUUUGUUCAACCUUCUGCUUCAUAAGGAAAAACAAAACAAGAAAACAAAAAGACUAUGCUGAAUCCAUAAACAUGUCCAGGAAAUUCUAAAUGCAAAUAUGAACUGUUCUAAUGAAAGUCUAAGAUACACUGAACUCUGAAGUAAAUAUUUGAGCUGACCAUUUAUAUGAAAACCAUUUAAAAAAUCAACCUGCAUGUUAUAAAAAUAUUUAUAACAGUUCUUGCAGACUGAAAAGAUAUUUUCUUUCUUUAUGCUAAGGGCUGUUGGAACAAAUGUCUUUGUUUUUCAUUGUUCAGUGGUUAUCGCUGUCGCCUCACAGCAAGAGGG